GUGACAGUCAGUUUUACAGUGUGCAAGUGGCAGACUCAACUUUCACUGUCUUAAAACGUUAUCAGCAGUUGAAACCAAUUGGCUCUGGAGCCCAAGGAAUUGUUUGGCGCCGUCACUGCAGUGCCUUGCCCUUCCUUGGCAGGACGAGGCCACUCAGUGUCAUUAUCACCCCAUGGAUUAACCAGGAAGGGAUGCUGUGUGAGGGGUUGGGCUGGCCGUCUCUUCCUUGGUGUCUCACUUCAGCCAUGUGUCCAGCCCGUCAGAACUGUUGGUCUGACCGUGAGCCUUAGUCUCUUGCAUGGUAAGACAGUCAGCUGCCGCGACAUCACUGCCCAGCUAAAGUGCUGCUUUUGAUACAGUUCUUGGGAUAAAUGUUGCAGUCAAGAAACUGAGUCGUCCUUUUCAGAAUCAGACUCAUGCAAAGAGAGCUUACCGUGAACUCGUCCUCUUAAAAUGUGUCAAUCAUAAAAAUAUAAUUAGUUUGUUAAAUGUGUUUACACCACAAAAGACUCUAGAAGAAUUUCAAGAUGUGUAUUUGGUUAUGGAGCUAAUGGAUGCUAACUUAUGUCAGGUUAUUCACAUGGAAUUAGACCAUGAAAGAAUGUCCUACCUUCUUUACCAGAUGCUCUGUGGUAUUAAACAUCUGCAUUCAGCUGGUAUAAUUCAUAGAGAUUUGAAACCUAGCAACAUCGUAGUAAAAUCAGACUGCACGCUUAAGAUCCUUGACUUUGGCCUGGCCCGGACAGCAUGCACCAACUUCAUGAUGACACCGUACGUGGUGACGCGCUAUUACCGGGCACCCGAAGUCAUCCUGGGCAUGGGCUACAAAGAGAAUGUUGAUAUCUGGUCAGUGGGUUGCAUCAUGGGAGAGCUGGUGAAAGGUUGUGUGAUAUUCCAAGGCACUGAUCAUAUUGAUCAGUGGAAUAAAGUCAUUGAGCAGCUGGGAACGCCGUCUGCGGAUUUUAUGAAGAAACUCCAGCCAACCGUGAGGAAUUAUGUAGAAAACAGACCGAAAUACCCUGGAAUCAAAUUUGAAGAGCUCUUCCCAGAUUGGAUAUUCCCAUCAGAAUCCGAACGAGACAAAAUUAAAACAAGUCAAGCCAGAGAUUUGUUGUCAAAAAUGUUAGUGAUAGAUCCUGACAAGCGGAUCUCUGUAGAUGAAGCUUUACGUCACCCUUACAUUACUGUUUGGUAUGACCCUGCUGAAGCUGAAGCGCCACCACCUCAGAUUUACGACGCCCAGUUGGAAGAAAGAGAGCAUGCAAUUGAAGAGUGGAAAGAACUGAUUUAUAAAGAAGUGCUGGAUUGGGAAGAAAGAAGCAAGAAUGGUGUUGUGAAAGAUCAGCCUUCAGAUGCAGCAGUAAGUAGCAAUGCCACUCCUUCCCGGUCAUCAUCCAUCAAUGACAUCUCAUCCAUGUCCACGGAGCAGACGCUGGCCUCAGACACAGACAGCAGCCUUGAUGCCUCGACGGGACCCCUCGAAGGCUGCCGAUGAUAAGUCACAAGUAGCAAGCUCGUCAACAGUGAAGGAGCUCUCGCUUCCAUGGGCCUGAAAUGCUUGGGGGUUGAUGGAACCAAACAGAAAACUCCAUGUUCUGCAUGUAAGAAACACGAUGCCUUGCCCCUACUCAGUUCUAAUAGGAUUGCCUGCCUAGAUUCUACAAUGAAGCAGAUUAUGUCUGGAGAAAACACGUGCAAGCCACACUCUUAGAGAUUUUGUUCAAGGUCAUUUCAGGUGAGCAAUUAGAAUAGACAAUUUUUUUUUUAAGUUGUGCGGUCAUAGUGACAAUUUCUCAUCCUCAUAACUGUUGGGACUUAUAUGCAUGUGACCACAUGUGCUUGCUCAGACUUGCCAUCUAGCACUUUGGAAAUCAGUAUUUAAAUGCCAAAUAAUCUUCCAGGUAGUGCUGCUUCUAGAAUGAUCUCUUAAUCCUCUCAAGUAAUUUGGUGUCUGUCCAGAAAAAAUAGAUUUAUGUGUUAAUUGGCCACCAUCAUAUUAUCACGUCUUACCGUUUAUGAUACAAUUUAUUCUAUCUUUUGUAUUUCAGAAGGAAUAUAAUUAAAUCUAUUUAAUAAAAAAAUACAACUUUUUUUUAAAUUUUCAUGUUUUGGGCUGAGAAUUAUCACUGCUGAAAUCUAGACAUUUAUAUGGGCACUUUGUUUCCUCUAAAUUGUCUGAAUUUGGGAUGAGUGUACAUUCAUCUUUAUUGCAUGAUAAAAUUUUAAGUUUUGUGCUGCUUAAGACAGAUAUACCUUUAAAAUCCUAAUCUACCCUCACUCAUUUUUCCUGGUCUUCUGGACUUAUUAAUUUAAAAUUCCACCUAAAACUUCGCCUUCUUGAUCAGGCACCUAACACUUCAUGUCAACAACACAAUGGCAGAAGCUCAAGUCCAUUAGCAGUGAGAGUAGAAUUUGACAAGACGGUCACUGAAGCUGACUGUGGUGACUUCCUGAGCGCUUGCUUCCCCCAAGCCUGGUCAGGGUCAUUCCCUCAUUCCUGGGGAGGUGCACCAUCUCCCAGGACAGCGUUUCCAAUUUCCAACCUAACGUUCUUAUUUGGCUUUUCUUUCUUUGCUGAAAGAAGCCACAUAACCCCAUCCAUCCACCCCCAACCUCCCCACACUUGGAUCUGUUUGAGGAAGCAAAGCGAUUCCAAACGCCUGUGUGGUGGUGGUGGUGGUUUUUUCCACUUCGUGGAGCAUCCCCUUUUCCUAAGGGAAACCCAUGAAUUUUCUGGGAAACCUCCUCAUGGGGUUUUUUUGGAGGAAGUGCCCUCAAGAGUGGUGAUUAACCAUCGAGUACUUUCUGAUUUAAAACUGCUCACCUGAAAUUGAUGCUUUCAGACUUUCUGAUGUGGAAAUUAUUCAGAGUUCACUAAGCUACUGAGUACUGAAGUGUCACUGCAGAAAUGGAGUUACAAUGAUCACAUUUUUUUGGUUACCUGUGCUCCUAAUGCUUGCCCCAUGAGCUUAUUCUGUUAAAAAUUCAUAUCUUGUGUUUUACUGUUUUUGGAAGCUAUUGGGUCAGCAUUCUAUAAGAAUGUGUUCUGAGGAGGAACUUUGAUAAGAAAUUUUAUAAAUAUUAUCAAAAAGAUACAAUUCUCUCGCACCAGUUGUAUCUUAUUGGUGGGUCUGAUCACUGGAAACUGGAACCCUUGAUGAACAAAAUUAUUAUUGAAGGUAAUAGUUUUAUAUUGUGAGGUUUAGACACAUUCAGGUACAAGAUGGAAAUUCUGACUUGGAUUAAAGGAGAAAUACCUAUUAUGAUAUGGCUCAGGAUGGUUUUGGCUUUGGAGGCCUGAUGGUAUAGUGAAGAAAGUUAUCAUUAUCUAUAUAUAAACAUCUUAAAAUGGCCUUUUCUCUAAUACAUAUUCUUUAAAAAGACUUCACUAAAUCUAUCUUUAAAUAGAAAAAGAGAGAGGAGAAUUUUUUAAAUGUAUGAACUGCCCUAGGCUUCUGUGAACGUGGCCUGGGGAUGCUGAGGGCUUGUGAAGCUCCUGUAUCCAUCCAAGGUCUGGAUCCUGAGAGGAGCUUGGGUGCCCCUGCAGACUGGCUUUUUACUUAGUUAUCAUUCCUCCUGCAUAUUCUUGGAUGGAGCUUGUCUGGGCGUGGGUGGGCUUCCUGCCAUGCCCACCACCCAUCAGACAGCAGGAGUGCACCGGGGUGGGACAGGCCACUGGCCGCAGAGAGCAGAGCUCCCAUAGAAAUACCUCAGCCCCCAUCAUGGUCCUCCGACCUGAGCCAAAAUGUGCCAGGGUCCUGGUACAUUGCAGACAGUUUCAAACUGCUGUCUAUGGAUGAAUGCUGAUGUUGGGAAAAGAACUAAAACGUGCUCAACUUUUUCAUCUUUUCUAUUUUAUUUUUGUAAUUUAUAUUGUACACAACCCUGGAAGUAACUAUUUUGGACACAUAUUUUUAUAAACCAGGUAAUUUAUUAUUAGCCUGGAAUUGGGACUAGGUUUAUUUUAUUUGUUGGCUUAGUUUUCAGUCAAAAAGGAAACGACUGCCUCCCCUAUGUCAGGUCUUGACCUCAGGUGCAGGUUUCAGAGAGCAGAGAGGGUCUAUCAGAGCAGGAGAACAUUGUGGAAACACGGACUGCUCAGUGCUGAUCAGUCGUGGUCGCAGAAAUGGAAGUGGGGCUCUGUUCUUCUCUUGGGGACACGAAACUCAGAGCCUCAAUGCUGGAAGGAGAAAACCCUUGGCAGGGCCCCCUGCUGACACCCAGAGUCCCUGGUUGAACCUCUGGAUGGGAUAAUCCAGCAGUUUAAUCCAGAUUCAAUACUGUGUAAGUCAUGGUGACCAUGUAUGAGUCUGUCUGGUUGAUUUCUAAUGUCCUCCUCUGGUGUUUCAUGCUGGUAGUAAAUACAGGUGUGACCUUCAGAUCGCAGAUCUCAAAAGUAACAUUGCCUAAUGUUUUAUAAUAAAAUAUAUUAUGUGUGUUUUGAUUAGUGAAAAUAAUACAGAUACAUUUUAAAAGAGAA